UCUUCACUUUGUUUCUCACAGUAAUCGCAAACGGCCGUACUAUGAUGUCGCUUGCUUUGUUUAUAUUUGUACUAUCAAUUACUUGUAAUGAUGCUGCUAGAAUUCUGGCAGUGUUUCCAGUUCCGUCUAUCAGUCAUCAAGUAGUGUUCCGACCUCUUACUCAAGAACUUGCCAGGCGAGGACAUGAAGUCACAGUCAUCACACCAGAUCCUGUCUUCACAAAUGGAGGAGCACCAGCUAAUCUCACAGAAAUUGACGUCCAUUUUACUUACGAAGACUGGAAAAAGUUUUAUGAAACUACUUCGGGGGAUGAUAAUGAUCUAGUGAAACAAAUGGAAAUAGCAUUUGACUUGAUAAAUCGGAUAUUUGAAGUUCAAAUGAGGGUGGAUAAAGUGCAAAAAAUAUUGAAAGAACAGAAGUUUGAUUUGCUCUUAUUAGAAGCUUGUGCGAGACCCGCGUUGGUACUAUCUCAUGUUUUCAAAGUGCCUGUGAUACUAGUGUCAUCGUUUGGUCCUCUAAUCUAUAAUUCCGAAACUAUUGGAUCAGCCAUGCAUCCUUUGCUGUAUCCCGUGAAUUUUAGCCAAAGAACUAACAACCUGAGCAAGUGGGACAAAUUGGUGGAGUUGUGGAGGUUAUACAGAAUAAUGAAUGUGAUGCAACAAGGGGAGUUAGAAGAGCAGGUAGUGGGCAAAAGAUUGUUCGGACCAGAUAUGCCACCAAUAAGUGAAUUGAAAAAUAACGUAGACAUGAUGUUUCUGAAUAUUCAUCCUCUGUGGGAUACAAAUCGUCCAGUUCCUCCCAGUGUUAUUUAUAUGGGUGGUUUGCAUCAGAAACCUCAAAAGGAAUUACCUACAGAUCUCAAAACUUAUUUGGACUCGUCCAAGAAUGGCGUGGUCUACAUUAGCUUUGGCACAAAUGUACAACCUUCGCUGUUACCACCAGAGAAGGUACGAAUACUGGUCAAAGUAUUCUCCGAGCUACCUUACGACGUGCUGUGGAAGUGGGACAAAGAUGAGCUCCCCGGACGUACUAGCAACAUUAGGAUAUCCAAGUGGCUGCCGCAGUCAGACCUAUUAAGACAUCCGAAGAUCAAGGUAUUCAUAACUCAAGGAGGUCUACAGUCAACGGACGAAGCUAUAACAGCAGGAGUACCUCUGAUUGGUGUUCCAAUGUUAGGUGACCAAUGGUACAACGUAGAAAAAUAUGUACGACAUGAGAUUGGAGUCAGGCUUGAUAUAGAAACGUUGACGGAGGAACAAUUUAAGAAUGCCAUAACAGAAGUCAUUGGAGAUAAAAAGUACCGUCAAAACAUUAAAAAGUUUGGCCAAAUUAUCCGAGACACGCCAAUAGAUCCGCUUGAAAAUGCAGUAUGGUGGACGGAGCACGUGCUGCGUCACGGCGGCGCGCGACAUCUGCGCUCUCCCGCCGCCAACAUAUCGUGGGCAGAAUAUUUAGAGCUAGAACUAGUUCUGACUGUAUUAACUGUUGCCUUAGGUUUUGUUCUAUUAUUGUCACUUCUACUUUAUUACUCUUACAAGCAUUUUGUUUUAAGUCCGGAACAGAAGAAGCUAAAAGACAAUUGAUUCUAAAAUUAAGAAUAUUUAUUUGAAAUGACAGAUCUAGGUACUUUAUUUAUUUUUUGUUGAUUAAUUUAUUUACAAAAUAUUAUGUAGGUAGAUAAAGGAUAAACUGUGAUAAGCUUUGAGCGUAAUAAAUCAUAGAAUUAAUAUCCA